UAAUGAGUGAGUCAAUUUCCAUCCUCCUUUUCGUCAAUAUGGUUGAUCUGUGUGCCUGCAUAUUCGUCAGUGCUGUGCUGUUGCAGAGAGACGGGAACGUGACAAAGGCGCUGAAGACACUGUCCGUGAUACCACCUCUCUUGUUCGAAACAGGCAUCUACUGUAUCUUCGGUCAGAUCUUAACUGAUCAGAGUGAAAAACUGUCCGACUCUGCCAUCAGCUGUGGAUGGGUCGACUGCAAUGAGCGAUUCAAGCGUGAUUUCCUGGUUUUCCUCAUAUCCACUAGCAAGCCUUUGGAAAUCACUGUGGGCAAGAUGAGCAAGUUGUCUAAGCAAAUGUUUGUGCAGGUGCUGAAUGGAUCAUAUGGACUGCUGAAUUUGCUCUAUCAUUUUCAAAGCACUGAGUAA